AUGGAGCUCGAGCAGGAGCCCGCGCCGGGCCGGGGACGUCCGGAGGCCGCGCCCGAGCGCCGCGGACUGCGCCACCUGCUGCGGUCCGGAUGCCGGGACGAGCUGCGGGCGCUCAUGGUCCUGGCCGGCCCCGCGUUCUUGGCCCAGCUGAUGAUAUUCCUGAUCAGUUUCAUAAGCUCAGUGUUCUGUGGCCACCUGGGCAAGCUGGAGCUGGACGCUGUCACACUGGCGAUCGCGGUUAUUAAUGUCACUGGCAUUUCAGUGGGACACGGCUUAUCUUCUGCAUGUGACACGCUCAUCUCCCAGACAUUCGGAAGCCAGAACUUGAAGCACGUGGGGGUGAUCCUGCAGAAAGGCUUGCUCAUCCUGCUGCUCUGUUGCUUCCCCUGCUGGGCCCUCUUCAUCAACACGGAGCACAUCCUGCUGCUCUUCAGACAGGACCCGGAUGUGUCCAGGCUCACCCAGACCUAUGUCAUGAUCUUCAUUCCGGCUCUUCCUGCAGCCUUUCUUUACACAUUACAAGUUAAAUACUUGCUCAACCAGGGCAUCGUUCUGCCUCAGAUUGUCACGGGCAUCGCAGCCAACCUUGUCAACGCUCUUGCCAACUAUCUGUUUCUCUACCACCUGCAUCUUGGGGUCAUGGGUUCCGCACUGGCCAAUGUGAUUUCCCAGUUCGCCCUGGCUCUUCUCCUCUUCCUCUAUAUUCUCUGCAAAAGACUGCAUCAAGCUACCUGGGGAGGGUGGUCCCGGGACUGCCUGCAGGACUGGGCAUCCUUCCUGCGGCUCGCCAUUCCCAGCAUGUUUAUGCUCUGCAUCGAGUGGUGGGCCUACGAGGUCGGCAGCUUCCUGAGCGGUAUCCUCGGCAUGGUGGAGCUGGGAGCCCAGUCCAUCGCCUAUGAGCUGGCCAUCAUCGUGUACAUGAUCCCUUCCGGGUUCAGCGUGGCAGCCAACGUCAGGGUGGGGAAUGCGCUGGGUGCUGGAGACAUAGAGCAGGCCAAGAAGUCCUCAGCGGUCUCCUUGCUGAUCACAGAGCUUUUCGCUGUAAUCUUUUGUGCCCUCCUGUUGAGCUGUAAGGACCUUGUGGGCUACAUUUUUACUACUGACAGAGACAUCGUGGUUCUGGUGGCUCAACUGGUCCCCAUUUAUGCUGUGUCCCACCUCUUUGAAGGUCUGGCUUGCACAAGCGGAGGCAUUCUGAGGGGCACCGGAAACCAGAAGGUUGGUGCCAUCCUGAACGCCAUUGGUUACUAUGUGAUUGGCCUUCCUAUCGGGAUCUCGCUGAUGUUUGCCACCAAGCUUGGUGUGAUUGGUCUGUGGUUGGGGAUCAUCAUCUGCACCAUCUCGCAAGCCGUGUGCUUCCUGGUCUUCAUUGCUCGGCUCAACUGGAAACAAGCCUGCCAGCAGGCUAGAGUACAUGCCAAUUUGAAGGUCAGCGUGACCCUGAAUGGGAAUUCUGCUGCCUCUCCGGAUCCAGUGGGUCCUGAAAGCCACGGGGAAAUUGUAAUGAAAGAUAUUGGAAAAAAGGAUGAGACUCAGUUGGACCAGCAGAUGCACCCACACCCACCUUUGCCCGUCGAGCCAAAGGACAGCAACAAAUUGUCUGGGAAGCAGUUGGUACUACGUCGAGGGCUCUUGCUGCUAGGGGCCGUUUUAUUACUGGCGGCCGGGAUUGCCACGCGAGUGUAUGUCAGGAUGGAGUAGAGGGUCAAGGGUCACUUGAUGCAAACGCGCCUCGACGCAGGAUGGGGUGACUUCUGACAAACCCACCACAAAGUGAAAACCAGUAUGCCAGGGCUGGGAGUGUAGUUCAGUGGUACAG